AUGGCGAGGAAGCGGGUGGCGGCAAUUCUCCUGACUGCCCGAACGCCCUCAGGCGCAGCAUUGGCAGGGAUCUUCUUGGCGCUCUGGUCCUGCUUCCACCCCGCGGGCUCUCACUUGGCUUCUUCCCUGGGCGCUGGGAAGCGGGGGCUUAGUCUUCACCCGCCUUACUUCAACCUGGCGGAGACAACCCGCAUUUGGGCCACUUCCACCUGCGGGCAGGACGAGAGCGGGAGGCCCCGCCUAGAGCUCUUCUGCAAGCUCGUGGGGGGACCCGCUGCUUCCCCCGCCGGACAAACCAUCCAGGGCCAGUUUUGUGACUAUUGCAAUGCUGCUGAUCCUAAUAAGGCUCAUCCAAUAGACUAUGCUAUAGACGGAACAGAGCGUUGGUGGCAAAGUCCUUCUCUUUCCUUAGGCUUGAAGUAUGAUGAAGUCAGUGUUACUUUGGACCUAGGACAGUUGUUCCACGUGGCCUAUGUCCUCAUCAAAUUUGCAAAUUCUCCUCGUCCAGAUUUGUGGGUGUUAGAGAGAUCAAUAGACUUUGGAAGAACAUAUACACCAUGGCAAUAUUUUGCCUAUUCUAAGGCAGACUGUUGGGAACGUUUCAGAAAAGAAGCUAACACUCCUCUUAGAAAGGAUAAUGAUGUCAUUUGCACAACAGAAUAUUCUCGGAUAGUGCCUUUAGAAAAUGGAGAGAUUGUGAUAUCCUUGGUAAAUGGCCGUCCAGGAGCAAAUAAUUUCAGCCAUUCUUCCAUACUUAGAGAGUUUACUAAAGCCACAAAUAUUCGUUUGCAUUUCCUCAGAACCAAUACUCUUCUCGGACACUUGAUCUCUAAAGCUCAGAGGGAUCCGACUGUGACACGCAGAUACUACUACAGUAUAAAAGACAUCAGCAUUGGUGGGCAGUGUGUUUGUCAUGGACACGCUGAUGUAUGCGCUGCAAAAACUGUUCCAGAUUCAUACAGGUACCAAUGUGAAUGUCAGCACAAUACCUGUGGGGAAACCUGUGAUCAUUGCUGCCCAGGGUAUAAUCAGAAAAGCUGGCAACCUGCAACAGUCAGUAGCACAAAUAUCUGUGAACCCUGCAACUGCCAUAGCCAUGCCCUUGACUGCUAUUACGAUCCUGAGGUCGAACAACGUAAAGAAAGCUUAAAUCUUCAUGGACAGUAUCAAGGGGGAGGAGUCUGCAUUGAGUGUCAGCACAACACAGCUGGUAUAAAUUGUGAGAAAUGUUUGAAGGGGUACUAUCGUCCAUAUGGUGUUCCAAUCACGGCAGUGCAUGGAUGUAUACCCUGCAGGUGUAGCCCUGAACAUUCCAAUGGCUGUGAAGAAGGAUCAGGUCGCUGUUAUUGUAAGCUGAAUUAUCAGGGUGAGGCCUGUGAUCGGUGUGCUGAUGGAUACCAUAGCUUUCCCUUCUGCUACCAAAUUCCUAUCUCCCCAGCUACAACUCCGAACCCAGAAGACUCUUCAGCUGGUCACAUUGAUGCUUGUCAAUGCUAUGGCCCAGGAAUAUUCAAUAAUGAUAUUUGCGAUCGUAGAACAGGACAGUGCCAAUGCCAGACUGGAUUUCAGGGGAUUCUCUGUGACAGAUGUGCAGUUGGGUAUUUCCAUUACCCUUUCUGUCGAACUUGUCAGUGUUCAACUUAUGGCUCCUACCAGGACGCAUGUAAUCCAACCACGGGGCAAUGUGACUGUCGACCUGGUUUCAUAGGCCAGCAGUGUGACAGAUGUAUCUCAACAACUAACAGCUUUCCUCAUUGCCAAGGGGUCAUCAAUGAAUGUGAUCCUGCUGGAACCAGAGAUUCUUAUUCUGGCUAUUGUGAGUGCCUACAAAAUGUAGAUGGCCCAACCUGUAACAUCUGUAAGCCACUUUACUGGAACCUGGCCAGAGAAAAUCCUUAUGGAUGUGUAGACUGCCAGUGUGACGUAGCUGGAGCACUAAGUGGAAUCAGAGAGUGUCAGCAGUUGGAUGGUGAAUGUUACUGCAAACCUAAUGUUUGUGGAGGCUCUUGUGAUACUUGUGAAGUUGGUUAUUAUGGCCUGGAAAUCAAGAAUUAUUUUGGGUGUCAAGGAUGCCAGUGUAAUGUGGGAGGGUCCGUAAGCCAUGUCUGCAAUGACCUAUCAGGUGACUGCCAAUGCAGACAGCACAUAGUUGGGAAAACUUGCAAAGAGCCUGAAAAGAAUUACUACUUACCUGAUUUACAUCACAUGAAGUUUGAAAUUGAGGAUGGUACAUCUCCUAGUGGAAGAGGAGUCCGGUUUGGUUAUGAUCCUCAAGAAUUUCCUGGCUUUAGUUGGAGAGGUUAUGUGCAGAUGUCUUCAAUACAGAAUGAAGUCAGGAUAACUUUGAGUGUGAAGAAACCAAAACCCUAUUUAUUUCAUGUUAUCUUGAGGUAUAUAAAUCCUGGAACUGCAAUAGUAUCUGGCCACAUAACCGCUUAUCAAUCUCGGACCUUAAAAGGGACUCAUCAGAGCAAAGACAUUUUCUUCCCACUCAGUAGAGAGCCAGCUUUUGUAACUGUUCCAGGAAAAAGUUUUGCAGAUUCGUUUUUAUUGGGACCUGGAACCUGGAUGUUUAAAAUCAUAGUGGAGGGUGUCCUUCUGGAUUACUUAGUCCUCUUACCAAGUGACUACUAUGAAGCAUCCAUCUUGCAAUUUCCAGUUGUACAGCCUUGCACAUAUUCAGGAUAUGUCACAACAGAUAAUUGUUUACAAUAUGAAUACUUGCCACUAGACAAAUAUUACUGUGUUCUUGGUACAGAAGUAACAUUUUUCUUGCACGGAGGAGAAUACAGGAAAAUAAACUUCCAACAGCCAACAGCCAAACAUCCAGUGAUGUCUCAUAUCAGUGGUCGAGAGGUGAAUCUACAGAUCAAACUGAAGGUUCCCCAAGUUGGCCGCUAUGUAAUCAUCUUUGAGUAUGUCACAGAUCAUGACCAAAUGUAUGUUGGUAAUGUAAAGACUGAGAGUCUUGGGCAAGUGAUGGAGGCUAAAAUUAACAUAUACAGCUGCAAAUAUAGCUUCCUGUGUCGCAGUGUUGUGAUCGAUGAUAUGGCUCGUGUUGCAGUUUAUGACUUUUUGGCUGAUGCAACAUUACAUCUCAAAUCAUCAGCCAUAGAUUUUCUACUGCACAAAAUUUGCGUUAUUCCAAAGGAGGACUUUUCACUGGACUAUGUGGAGCCUCAAGUUUAUUGCAUUGCAACAUAUAGCCAUGGUUCAAGUGCAUCCUGUAUACCCUUGCAAUAUGAAAUGCCUCUUGGAGCUGUGGUUUUGGAUGCUCGCAGGAACGGCAAAGUUGUAGAGGGGUCAAGACAUGUGGUCUCCUGGGAUUCAUUGAGUUCUCCUUUACCAUCUCUUCACUCAGCUAAUGGUGUGACUCUGGCUUCCUCACAGAACCAAAUUACCCUUAAUGGGAGUGUCCCACAUAUAGGCCGACAUGUGUUUAUCAUACAUUUUUACCAGCCAGAAAAUCCAGCAUUUCCAGUGCAAGUAUCGGUGGAUGGAGGACAACUGUGGUCAGGUUCUUAUAAUGCUUCAUUUUGUCCACACACUUCUGGAUGUCGCAGUCUGGUAAUGGCAGAAAAUCAUAUUGAAUUUGAUAUCCUUAAACAUGACAUCUCAGUCACCAUGAAAAUACCUAAUGGAAGAACAAUGGUGUUGGAGCAUAUCCUAGUUGUUCCAGCACACAGCUACAGCUAUACACUUCUUCAUAAAGACAAUGUGAUUCUUUCAUCGGAUUUCAUCAGCCAGUGCGGUGGAAACAGUUUUUACAUUGAUCCUGGCAAUUCCUCAGAAUUUUGCCGAAAUUCAGCUCAAUCACUUGUGGCUGCCUUUAAUGAUGGGGCGCUGCCAUGCAACUGUCACAGAAUUGGUGCUACCAGUCCUACUUGCAACCCUGAGGGGGGACAGUGUGACUGCAAGCCACACAUCAUUGGUCGCCAAUGUGGCAGGUGCCAAACAGGCUACUAUGGAUUUCCCUUCUGCAAAGCCUGCAGAUGUGGAAGGCACCUUUGUGAUGACAUAACUGGGAAAUGUAUUUGUCCCCCACAAACAGUUAAGCCUAGAUGUGAAGUGUGUGUGAGGUUGCAUUUUGGAUACCAUCCACUUACUGGCUGUGAAAAGUGCAAUUGCUCAAGCAAAGGAGUUAUCAAUGCUAUGAAUCCUGAAUGUAAUAAAACUGAUGGGCAGUGCAAAUGUCGCUCAGGAAUAGCAGGGCGGCAGUGUGAUCACUGUGCCCCUGGUUCUUAUGGCUUUCCCAACUGCAAACCUUGUAAAUGUAACAGAGGAGGAACAGAACCAGAUAUCUGCAAUCCACAAACAGGACUUUGUCUCUGUAAGGGGAAUGUUGAAGGUGUGCAAUGUGACAUGUGCCGUUCAGGAUCGUUUUAUCUGGACCCUGCUAAUCCCAAAGGCUGCACUGCUUGCUUUUGUUUUGGAGCAACCAAUAUUUGCCACAGUACAAAUAAAAGUAGAGUCAAGUCCACCAAUAUGAGAAACUGGCAUCUGGAAGCAGUGGGUAAUGUCAUGCAUAUCCCUACAACUUUCAAUCCGGUUAGCAACAGUGUUGUUGCUGAUGUCCAAGAAUUACCCCCCUUUCUGCAUGAUUUGUACUGGGUGGCACCAUCAUCUUACUUGGGGAAUAAGCUUUCUUCAUAUGGAGGAUAUUUGAGCUAUCAGUUGAAAUCCUUUGGCUUACCUAGUGAAGGCAUGACUCUCCUGGAAAAAAGACCAGAUGUGCAGCUAAUUGGACAGGAGAUGAAAAUAUUCUACAUAGAUCCUAAUAAUCCUUUGCCAGACAAACAGUAUUAUGGAUCAGUUCAAUUAGUUGAGGGGAACUUCAGGCACACCAGCAGCAAUAACUUAGUAUCUCGAGAGGAGCUGAUGUUGGUCCUGUCUAGACUAGAUGGAUUACAAAUCAGAGGUCUUUACUUCACAGAAACUCAGCGGUUAACCCUGGGCGAUGUUGGUCUGGAAGAAGCCACCAAUACAGGAAAUGGUAAUAUUGCUUAUGCUGUAGAGGCAUGUUCCUGCCCUCCUGAAUAUAUGGGUGAUUCAUGUCAGGAAUGCAGUCCUGGAUUCUAUCGUGAGAAUAUGGGUCUAUUUACAGGAAGGUGUGUUCCGUGCAAUUGUCAUGGAAAUGCAGAGAGAUGCCUGGAUGGUUCUGGAAUUUGUAUUAACUGUCAGCAUAAUACUGCUGGAGAAAAGUGUGAACGCUGUAAAGAAGGUUACUUUGGAGAUGCCAGUCGAGGACUUUGUAAGGAAUGCCGCUGCCCUUACACAAACAGUUUUGCUUCUGGCUGCCUGGAAGAUAAUGGAGAAAUUCAGUGUUUUUGCAAAGAAGGCUAUUCUGGAAUGCAGUGUGAAAGCUGCGCUCCUGGUUAUUUUGGAAAUCCACUGAAAUAUGGAGGAUACUGUCAAAAAUGUAAUUGCCUUGAGAAUGGCCAGCUCACAAAGUGUGAUCGCUUGACUGGAGAAUGUAUAAGCCAAGAACCAAAAGACAUAGAUCCAAAUGAAGAUUGUAAUUCUUGUGGGAGUUGUGUAAUCACAUUGCUGGAGGAUUUGAGUACAAUGGGAAGUGAGCUCCGAGUGAUUGAAUUUCAGAUGCAAAAUAUCAACACGAGUGCCCAAGUGCUGAGACAGAUGAAGCUCCUGGAAGAUCGUAGCAACCAACUGGAGAUUCUGUUGAACCACUCUCGUUCUGUUAUUAAAACUCAGACUCCAAAGGUAGAUGAACUGGAGACAGACUUGUCUUACCUUAACCAAAAUAUUAAUGCUCUGAAAGAAGAGGCUGAAAGUAAUGACAAGAAAGCACAGACUCUAUUAAAUAAUUUCAGUAAAACUAAUCAAAGAGGAAGAGCUUUAAUUUCAAAGAUCCAAUCUCUUCUCACCAAUAUUAAUGUUCUCUUGCAACAGAUAGAUGGCAUGGUAGAAGGAACUUCUUUGCCUACAGAACAUUCUGCAAAAGAGCUGAUGCAAGCUCAGCAAAUGAUAAAUGAGAUGAGAAACCGCAAUUUUGGCCAACAGCUAACAGAAGCAGAAAAGGAAAAAGGAAAAGCCCAACAUUUGCUAGAACGAAUAAGGAACGAACUACAAAAGCGCAAAGCACAAAACCAAGGCCUCAUUAAAAAUGUGAGAGAUUCACUAAAUGAAUAUGAAUCCAAGCUCAAUGAUCUUCAUGAAUCUUUGAGAGAGGCAAAGGAACAAACCAAGCUAGCUGAAAAUUUAAAUGGAGAAAAUAAACGCCUUUUGGAAGAGACUAAGAAACAGUCAGAAGAGAUGACUAGACAACAGACUGCCAUUUGGGAUCUUCUGAAUUCUGCUAAAGCAUCAGUAUCUCAAACAAAAAGUAUAUUUGAAUUGCUCCAGAAGAGUAAAGAGGAAUAUGAAAGCCUUGUUGCCCAAUUGGAUGGAGCAAAGAAUGAUCUGGAUGAGAAACUGAAGAGUAAUUUCUUAUCGUCCAGUAAGGAACCUUUGGUAGUGAGAGCAGAAACAUAUGCCAACUCUUUACAAGACCUGGCAAGAAAGUUGGUUGAACUCAAGAAGAAUGCCAGCAAUAAUGAGCUAGUGACCUGUGCUGUGGGAGCUGCUACCAGUUUUGAGAACAUCACUGAUAUCAUUAGAGCAGCAGAAGCAGCAGCCAACAGAGCAUCAAGUGCAGCAGAUUCAGCUUUAUUAACAGUGGAGGGAAAGGAUCUAACCGGAAUGGCUGAAAGACUGAAAACCAACAGCGGAAAACUGUUAAACAAAGCACGAGCAACACAGAAGACAUUGCAAGAACUCAGUCCAACACUUGAUGAUAUGAGGAGCAAACUUCGGGAAGCUGAACGGAAAAAAACUGCAAUACAGGGAGAUCUUAGUGCCUCCCAAAAUAACCUCCAGGGGAUAAACAGAGAUGACACAGAGAGCAUAAUCACAACUGCAAAUACCAUGAUUAAGAAUGCCAACAAUAUUACUACUAAUAUACUCAGUGAACUGGACCCAAUUAAAGCUGAAGUUGAGAAUAUAAAGCACACCUAUGAAAUGGUACAGAUUACUGAUUUCAACAAGGCUUUGAAAGAAGCAAGCAGUUCAGUAAAUAAUUUAACAAGCAUGCUCCCAGAUCUGUUUACCAAGAUUACAAAUAUCAACCAGCAAGUCAUAUCAACAAGCAAUAUAACUGAAAAUAUAAAUCGCAUCAGAGAGCUCAUCCAGCAAGCCAGAGAUGCUGCAAAUAAGGUUGCUAUCCCGAUGAAAUUCGAUGGCAAAUCGGGAGUUGAAGUUCGACUUCCAGAUAUCCUGGAUGAUCUGAAGGGCUACACUUCCCUUUCUUUAUUUCUGCAAAGACCUCAUGAACAGGAGGACAGGACACCACGGCAAACGCCCAACAUGUUUGUCAUGUACCUGGGUAACAAAGAUAGUUCCAGCAACUAUAUAGGUAUGGCUAUUCGUGGUGGUCGGCUUAUUUGCGCCUAUAACCUAGGAGGCAACGAAGCUGAAAUAGAAGUGACCGAAAAAGUAUAUGAGAAAAAGACCAGAGAAGUAGUUUUGGAUCAAAUCACAUUUAAGAGAAUUUACCAGUAUGCAGAAGUAGAAUACAAGCGUGCUGCACCCUCUGAUUUAUCAGUCAACUAUGAACCUUUUAAUGUCCCCAGUAGGAAUAGUAACACUCUUCUUAACUUGGAUCCUGAUAAUGUGGUCUUCUAUGUGGGAGGAUAUCCAUCAGAAUUUACGCCUCCAAGUACACUGGACUACCCACAUUAUGAAGGCUGCAUUGAAUUAGAUAGCUUAAAUGACAGAGUUUUCAGCCUGUACAAUUUCAAGAAGACUUUUAAUCUUAACACUACUGUGGUACAACCAUGCAGGAGAUACAGAGAACAAUCUGCCGAAUUCUAUUUUGAAGGCAUAGGUUAUGCACAUAUCAAAGCUCCUUCUCCAGGCACAGGAGUCAUAAGAUAUGAACAAACCAUUCAAACUACUUCAGAUGUCGGGUUGGUGUUUUUUGCAGAAAAUCAGGACAAGUUUAUUAGUUUGAGGAUUGAAAAUGGCCGCCCAAUAUUGACAUACAAAGCUGAUUCACAGCCUUCAAGAGAAAUAACAAAUGGAAGCAUGAGCAAUGUAACAGAAAAACUAGUAAGUCUCUCUGCACAAAACAAUCUCAGACUUGUUAUCAUUAUGAAAAUGCUCACAUGCACUCCUUUGCAAUAUACUAGCUAUUUUCUUAACCUUAGCUACAU